CCUUUAGCCACAGGUUGGAGCGGCUUCCCAUUCACACUGCCGCACCCAAGAUGAAAACAAAAGCGCGCCUGCUCAUUUUAUUUUUGAGUGUUUCUGGCGUCUGUGUUUUUUGGAGAGAAGUGUCACGAUACGUUCUGCCUCAGGAACCAAGAUCCUGUGCUUGUGACCGAUGUCUAUUUGAAAAUGAUACGUUGGCCAUUGAGCGUUUGAGGAAGUUUCCGCAACCAUUUUUAUCCAGCAACUACAGUCUGCCAGAAGAGGAUUUCAAAUGGUGGAGGGUCAUACAGGGUGGAGGCGGUACAAUCAGUGAAUACAGAAGAAACAUGUCCAGGGUUUUUCAGCUGAUCCCAGACAACCCUCCUCUUGAAGCAUCCAUCCCCGGAUAUUGCAGGACUUGUGCUGUGGUGGGAAACUCCCGUAAUUUGUUAAAAUCACAUUAUGGACCUUUCAUAGAUUUCCAGGACUACGUCAUAAGAAUCAACAGGGGUCGUUCCAAAGGCUUUGAAUCCGAUGUCGGGAACAGAACAACUCAUCAUGUCAUGUACCUGGAGAGUGCUUCUCAGUUAGAUAACACCACUCGUCCGGUGCUGUUUACCUUUAAGAUGAGGGAUCUUCAAUGGAUUACGAGGGUCCUCAGCACACAACCUUCUGGAAAAAAAUCCUUAUUCAACAAGGAUUUGGUGAGUAUUAUUUUAUAUGUAUUCAACAAUAAAAACGUUAUAUGCUCCAGAGGUAAUGGUUGAUAAAAUACAUUGAAAGACUAAUUCUGAUUUCACAACAGGCAAUGGUCCUUAACCCAG